GCAGAAAGAGCAUCGAGAAAGCAGCCCCAAAUCAUCGAUAAUGGAUCCGUUGGACUCUACUUCUUGGAGUUGGAGUUAAUCCCUAGUCUGUUAUGUUGUUGGACAGCGCCGGCGCUGCGACUGCGAAAGCGACGCCGACCACCACCGCUCCUGUCUUAACUGCGAAGGAGGCCACCCACGGAGGCCACAGGGCUGUGGACAGACUGAAGCUCGAAAACGGUUACAUCAAAGGAGUAAAAGAUUUCGACAAGGGCCGAGGAGGAGAGAAGAAGACCGUCGGAGAAAGUAGUAUUAGUAUCAACAUUAAUGGAGGAGGAGGAGGAGGUGCAGAUGCAGAUGAACUGUUCGACGGAUGGCCUAAGUGGCUUGUCGACAACAUUCCCAGCAACUUGCUGUCGGGAUUGCUUCCCAAAACUGCCGAUUCCUACGACAAACUUGCAAAGAUUGGCAAGGGAACAUACAGCAAUGUCUACAAGGCUCGAGACAAAUCCAACGGGAAGAUUGUCGCGCUAAAGAAGGUUCGUUUUGAUACAUCGGAAGCAGAGAGCGUCAAAUUCAUGGCAAGAGAGAUCAUAAUAUUAAAAAAGCUCGAUCAUCCGAAUAUCAUUAAACUUGAAGGGAUAGCCACUUCAAGAAUGCAGUGUAGUCUUUAUUUAGUUUUCGAUUUCAUGCCGUCUGACCUCACCAAACUUAUCACCCAAACUGACAGAAGGCUCACGGAACAACAAGUGAAGUGUUAUCUGCAGCAGUUGCUUUCAGGUCUGCAGCAUUGUCACAAGAAAGGGAUUUUGCACCGCGACAUUAAAGGGUCGAAUUUGUUGAUUGAUAAGAAUGGGAUCCUCAAAAUUGCGGAUUUCGGGCUAGCCAAUUUUUACAAGAACAAACCAAAACGGCCCCUCACGACGCGAGUAGUGACAUUGUGGUAUCGAGCUCCUGAGCUGCUUCUUGGCUCCACUGAUUAUGGAGUCGGCAUUGAUCUCUGGAGCGCCGGGUGCCUUCUUGCCGAGAUGUUUGUAGGGCGCCCCAUUAUGCCCGGUCGAAAUGAGAUUGAGCAGCUUCAUAAAAUCUACAAGCUGUGCGGUUCGCCAUCAGAAGAUUUCUGGAAGACAGUGAAGCCACCGGCAACAUUCCGACCCCCACAGCAAUACAAAGCUAAUUUCAAGGAAACCUUUUCGAAUAUUCCAGAUGCAGCCAUUGGCCUUUUGGGGAAACUUCUAGCUCUUGAUCCGGGACAGAGGGGGGAUGCUACUUCAGCUCUCAACAAUCAAUUCUUUACUGUCGACCCCUUGCCAUGUGAUAUUUCCGGCUUACCCGUGAUAGUGAAUGAGGAAGAUGCUCCCCCAAUCCAAUCCAUUAAUGGAUUUAGAAACAUCGAUGGAAAGCAACAAUCCAAGAAAACCGAUGGAACUGAUCAUCCAACGAGAGAUUUUGUAGACACAGCAUAUGCAAAACAGAUAAGGGACAUGCACAUGGCGAGAAACUUUAUGAGGCAGGAGACAGAGACAGAAACAGCCACCGGGCAGAGCAGCAAACAGCAGGAGAUCACGCGUUCUCAACAAAACCAGCGAUCGGCAAUAACUGAGGCGCAUCCGAAUGCUCUGAAGAACAUCAAGAACUACCCUCUCCUGCUGGCGUCUUUGACAGAAGCUGCUCACCAUCUGGAAGAGAGCAAGUCGAGCCUGUACCGGAGGUCCAUUUCCAACAUUGAUUUUAGGAACCUUGACAUUGACAAGAUAUCAAAGCUGUUUGGUUUGGAAGAGGAAAACUAACUGAGCUUGGCUUGGGUGCUAUGUGUGUAUGUAUAUGUAUCCUCUGCUGCUGCUUAAUUGAAGA